AUGUUGUUCCCCGAAGAACAUGCGCCCCUUCUCAAAGCGUGGAUCGUCAAGCGCAUAGAAGAUACCUCCGACGCCGAUGCCGAUGUCCUCGCUGAGUAUGUUAUUGCUCUUCUUAAGCACGAUGGCGAUGCAGACGCGGUACGGAAGCUAUGCGAGCAAGAAAUCCCUGAUUUUCUGAGUGAAGACCCUAAAGCUUUCCUCGACGACGUUUUCCAAGCCAUCACAUACAAGUCCUACCUUCCUGGCGCUCCUCCAGCUCCGAAGAUUGGCGCUGAGCCAGAAACGAUUAAUCAACAAUCCAUCGAGACCGCGCAACCGAACGGAUCGAAAAAGAGAGGAUAUCACGAUCGCGAAGAGUACGACCCUCAGUAUGGGUACGAAGCUCUCAACCAGGACGGUCGCGUACAGAAACAGGCUCGUCGAAGCGGGCGCGGAGGUCGAGGUGAUGAUAUGAGGGGAGGACAAGCUGGUGGAUUCAUGCACAGUCUGCCCCCACGACCGGAUAUGCCGUUCGAUCCCAAGGUUAUGGAAGCUUUUCUACAAAUGGGCGCUAUGGGAAUGCCCUACUCAGGAAUGCCCAACUUUCCGCAACAGAGCUUUAGUGGUGGUAAAAAUCAGUCGCGAAAAAGAGGUCGCUGUCGCGAUUUUGACACCAAGGGAUUCUGUUCUCGUGGAAGCACAUGCCCUUACGACCAUGGUAACGAACCAAUCUUAAUGCCCCAGGGCAAUGAUGAAUAUGACCCGAACGACCCAUUUGCUAUGCUAGCAAACGCACAGAACCCUAUGAAUCCUUGGUCUUUCCCGCCCGAUAACAGUCGUGGUGGAAGAGGAGGCCGUCGUGGCCGUGGCUCUAAGAAGGGCGGCGCAAAAGCUCCUUUCUCUGCUGAUGGGCCCAAUUAUGAUCGCACGAAGAGUACGAUUGUUGUUGAGAAUAUCCCCGAGGAAAACUUCGACGAGGAACAAGUGCGCGAGUUCUUCUCUCAAUUCGGUAAAAUCCUAGAGAUUUCGAUGCAGCCAUAUAAACAUCUUGCUAUUGUCAAGUACGACAAGUGGGGAUCAGCAAAUGCGGCCUAUCAGUCACCAAAAGUGAUAUUUGAUAAUCGAUUUGUAAAAGUGUUUUGGUACAAAAACAAAACCGACGAGUUACCGCCAUCUGCGCCAAUUCAGGGGGGAAACUGGUCUGACGACCCAAUGGUGGCAGAAGAAAAUGAGCUUGAGCCUGAGAUCGACAUGGACGAGUUUCAACGAAAGCAAGAAGAGGAGCAAAAGAAACACCAAGAGCGUGAGGCCAAGCGCGCAGAGAUAGAGCAAAAACGUCAAGAGAUAGAAAAGCAGCAGCAUGAACUCCUUGCACGUCAUCGCGAGGAGAAUGAGAAGCUUCAGGCAAGACUCGCUGACCUGCAAGGCGGACAAGGAGAUGGGAGCUCGUCGGGCACAAACAUGCUGCGCGCCAAGCUUGCAGCUCUCGAGCAAGAAGCUAAACUUCUUGGUCUCGAUCCCAACGCCGAAGAAGAAGCGAGUUCAUCUUGGCCUCCUCGAGGAGGAUAUCGUGGGCGGGCAGGAUACCGUGGUCGGGGCUUCGCUCCUAGGGGGAGAGGAAGCUACAGGGGCCGCGGUGCUGGAGGAAAUAUGCACGCGGCGUAUGCGCAGUACUCAAUCGACAACAGGCCCAAGAAGAUCGCUAUCAAAGGCGUGGACUUUAGCGCGCCUGACAAAGACGAGAUGCUGCGCCAUUUCCUCCUUAAUUUAGGCGAGUUUGAGUCCGUCGACACAGCCCCUGAAACCACACACGUCUCCUUUCAGGACCGCAAAACAGCAGAGAGGUUCUACUACAGCCUUCAUGGCAAGGAAUUGCCCGGCGUUGAGGGUCGUCUAGAUCUUGCUUGGGUUAGCACACCACUACCGCCUGUCAAGACAACUGGCAGCGACGAUGUUCCAGGUGAUGGUGGGGACGACAAAGAAGACGAUGCCAUGGCGGGUUUCGAUGACCAGCCUGGGCGAGAAAGAAGUGCCGAACCCCAGCAAGAGGAUAGAGCGGUGAACAUGGAUUAUGAAGUGGCGGAGGAGGAUGCAUGGUGA